UCUUUGUCGUUAAGAAACAUUGAUUUAUGAUGGAUGGACGGAUAGAUGUAUUGUAUGUUUGGGUUCUUUUGGGUUCUUUAUUGAUAUCUAGGUGGGGAAAUCGUAUGAUCUAGCUAGCUACCUGCAUAAAUGGGUGAGAUAGCACAAACAUGUCCAAUAUCUUCUCUUCUCAUGUGUUCAUGCUCUGUCUCAUGGGGCUGUGUACUAGUCGGCAUGCCACGGACAACCAGUCUCCAUAGCCCAACCCAGCUUAACAGCUCUAUCACGCCCAGUUCUGAACAGUUUACCAGGUAUCCCAUUCACCCUCCUUACAGCCCAAUGAUCCCAAGCAAUCGGUCCACCUCACGCGACCAUCCCCCAACCAUCCGAAUCAACUCCUGCACCCCAACCUCAUUAUCACAGGGAAAUAUCCACAAGCAGGAGCGGAAUAUACAUCGCAACCCGCGCACAUCCACGACCCAGCCUACCUAUCCUCGGACCACUGCGAUCUAGGUCUGAACAGUAAGCUACAGCUACAGCUAUCGCUACAGCGCACAGCUUGCUGCACACAAACGUGACCAUUGCAUCUCAUCAGGGCAACUCCCAGU